AUGUCAUUCGCCACACGCUCUCUGCUUCGCUCCUCGCGCUUCGUCGCUCCCCGCUUGGCGGUUCGCCAGCCGGUUCUGGCUCGUCGCACUUACGCGACCGCCGCCCCCGCUUCGGGAGGCAGCAACACGACCCUGUUCGCCUUGCUCGGUGCGGCCGCGCUCGGUGGAGGCGCCUACUAUGCGCUCAGUGGUCAAUCCGACUCGGACCCGACCAAGAUCAAGGACGCCGCGUCUCCCCAGACGGUCGACUACCAAAAGUGAGUGCCCGGGGGGCCUGUGGCAGUGGUGUGCUCGGUCGACGGAGCGGGUGAGGCCGCGCUUGCUCCGUCGGCGGUUAUCAGUUACCGCGGGAGAAGUGGUCUCAUCUGUGUCGGUCCGCUACAGCGUCGACCUCGAUUUCGACAGGGUACUGAUUCGACCUUAACCCUGAUUGCUGGCAGGGUUUACGAUGCUAUCGCCCAAGUGCUCGAGGCUGAGGAUUAUGACGGUAAGUGGGAUCGACAGCGGGCGUGCACCGCGGGCGGGUGCUUCUUUCAGCUUCGAUUCCCUGAGUCGAGUUGGAAAAGGCGACGAUGUGAUUGGCCCGGGCGGGGUCCGGCGGAGCCUUUCUAGUCAUUGCCGCUCACGAGAUGUGGGAUCCCGACAUACCUUGAUGGCGGAUGCCCAUUCAAAGUCGAGCUUGUUUGACAGCAGAAUCAUCUCGGCUUAUACUUGAUGUUGUUCGACUGCAGAUGGCUCGUACGGCCCCGUGCUCGUUCGUUUGGCGUGGUGAGCUUGGCCUCUCGGUCCUUGACGCGCUAUGCGGGUCACAUUGACUAAUACUCUGGAUCCCACGGCGAUCACUAAUCUGUUAGGCAUGCUUCCGGUACCUACGACAAGACAACCGGCAACGGUGGGUCCAACGGCGCUACCAUGCGCUUCGCUCCCGAGGUCGGUCUCAGAUUUCGACCCCUAUUCUCUAUCGGAUCGCUCGUGUUCGUAAAAGUGCUGACUCCCCUAGCCGUCGUCUCCCAUGAUAUCGUCUCCCAGGCAAACCACGGCGCAAACGCCGGUCUCGAUGUGGCCCGCAACUUGCUCGAGCCCAUCAAGAAGCAAUUCCCCGAGAUCACCUACUCUGACCUGUGGACCCUCGCCGGUGUCUGCGCAAUCCAGGAGAUGGGCGGACCUACGAUCCCUUGGCGAGCGGGCCGCAAGGACGGCAACGUCGAGAACUGCACCCCCGACGGUCGUCUCCCCGAUGGUGACAAGGGCGCGGACCACUUGCGCCACAUCUUCUACCGCAUGGGCUUCAACGACCAGGAGAUCGUUGCUUUGUCUGGUGCUCACGCCGUAGGACGUUGCCACACUGACCGCUCGGGCUUUUCUGGGUACGUCCAUUUUCGCUUGAUCUCUCCUUUCCUUUCGAGGAAGAUACUUCGGGAGACUGACCCCUUUGUCCGGCAUGAUCUGUUCAGACCUUGGCAACACUCGCCUACUUCUUUCAACAACGAGUACUACAAGCUCUUGCUGAAUGAGAAGUGGCAGGUUAGUCGCAUUCAGCCUGUCAGUGACCCAUGCCGCUUGCUUGCUGACCUCUCUCUUCACGUAUUCACACACGCACAGUUCAAGAAGUGGAAGGGACCGAUUCAGUACGAAGACAAGUCGACCAAGAGCUUGAUGAUGCUCACGACCGACAUGGCCCUGACGACCGACAAGGCGUUCCGACCGUACACGGAGCAAUACGCCAAGGACGAGGACAAGUUCUUUGCCGACUUCUCCAACGUCUUUGCCAAGCUCAUCGAGCUUGGUGUGCCCGAGAAGCAAUUAUCGGAGCCCCUCAAGCUCCGUCCUACUGGUAGCGAGUAA